UGUGUGAAAGCUCCAGGAAAUUUAGGACCAACAAACAGAAGUACUUUUUCAAACAAUGCAGAAUCAACUUGUGGAAUUCUCUGCCACAGGAUGUGAUGACAGCCAACAACCUGGAUAGCUUUAAGAGGAGUUUGGAUAACUUCAUGGGGGAGAGGUCUAUCAACGGCUACUAGUCGGAGGGCUGUGGGCCACCUCCAGCCUCAAAGACAGGAUGCCUCUGAGUACCAGUUGCAGGGGAGCAACAACAGGAGAGAGGACAUGCCCUCAACCCCUGCCUGUGGGCUUCCAGCGGCAUCUGGUAUGAAGCGUCCGGUAAGCCCUGACCACAUCUCUGAAGAUGGAAUUAUGAACCCACCAGCAUUUCUGUGGGGUUUUGAAGAGAGAGGACUGAGAAGUGACCGGCCAGACUAUCAAUUAAGUAAAGAGAAAAAGAAGAUACUAUUUUCCUUCUGUGAAGUGUGCAAUAUACAGUUGAACUCAGCCGCACAGGCCCAAGUUCAUUACAAUGGAAAGUCUCACCUGCGAAGAGUGAAGCAGCUGAAUAAUGGCAAGCUACCAACAAGCACAGCCACAGGCACUUUGCUUGUGGGUACCAGCACAGGCAGUACAUGUCACACUACUACACUACCUACCCUUGUCCGAACACCCACACUCCUGAUGCAGCCCUCCUUGGAUAUAAAACCAUUUAUGUCCUUUCCAGUUGAUGGAAAUUCGGCUGUUGGACUCUUCCCAAAUUUUAACACUAUGGAUCCAGUGCAGAAAGCAGUUAUAAACCAUACAUUUGGCGUGUCACUUCCUCCAAAGAAGAAGCAAGUUAUUUCUUGUAAUGUCUGUCAACUUCGCUUUAACUCUGACACCCAGGCUGAGGCCCACUACAAAGGAAGUAAACAUGCCAAGAAGGUCAAAGCACUAGAGGCAACGAAAAAUAGACCCAAAGUUGGUGCUUCCAAGGACAGCGCAAAGGUUAAUACGAGCUGCUCUGCUACGCCAGUCCCAGCCACCACCUCUGACAAAUCAGAAGAUAGGGCAACUCUGCAAGCUAAUGGUUCUUGUCAGCUUCUAAAUGCUGAAGUGGUCUCCUUUAUGCCCGAAUCUGGAACCCCAGCCACACUAGCAGCCGCAACUACAGCACCAACGCCCUCAUCGUCAGCUUCCUCCAAGAGCACAAAUGGAACUGCUAACGCCAUUUCUGAAUCAGAAGAGGAGAAAGCCAAAAAAUUGCUUUACUGUUCAUUAUGCAAAGUGGCUGUGAACUCCCUGUCGCAGCUAGAGGCCCAUAACACGGGUUCCAAGCACAAGACAAUGGUUGAAGCUCGGAAUGGUGCAGGUCCAAUUAAGUCUUACCCCAGACCUGGAUCCAGACUGAAGACUCAGAAUGGCAGUAAGGGCUCAGGACUGCAGAACAAAACAUUUCAUUGUGAGAUCUGUGAUGUCCAUGUCAAUUCUGAAAUUCAACUUAAGCAGCACAUUUCCAGCAGAAGGCACAAAGACAGAGUUGCAGGGAAGCCUACAAAACCAAAAUAUAGUCCAUAUAACAAACUACAACGUAGUCCAAGUAUCUUAGCGGCAAAACUUGCAUUCCAGAAAGAAAUGAUAAAGCCUUUGGCACCAGCUUUCCUUUCGUCUCCUCUUGCAGCUGCAGCAGCUGCAGCCGUAUCAACUACUUUGACUCUGCCUCCUCGUCCCACAGCUGCUUUGUUCCAGGCACCUGCAAUCCCCACCGCUCUCCUACGGGCAGGGCAUGGCCCUAUCAGAGCUACUCCGACAUCAAUCCUUUUUGCACCCUACUGAUCGCUGGAUCGACAAGACAUAACUAUGGCCAUUUGGAAAAGAGACAAAAGGAAGCAAGCAAGGGUUCCAUAUUUUUAAGUGACAGUGUUUUUAAGGCACCAUGCUUGAUUAUGUCCCAACAAAAUAGGUUGUGGAGUUCUUCAUUGACGGGUAUUGCAUUCCAGAUGACACACGCUUUUUGCUGUUUUGUUUUUGUUUUAAAUAAAGAACUCAGAACAAUGGUUUACAGAAAAAUUAACUGUGCACAAAAUACAUCAAGGGAUCACUCAUCUGCUUUUGAGCAUGGGGGUGUGAUGUGCAUUGUGAACAAGGAAUGCAGAAUAUUUUCCUGUCUGACUUGAAAACCAGGGUCUUCCUCCCUCAUAUUGAUGUGCGUCGGCCUCUGGAAACCAACUGGGUAGAUUCUGGUAUAGAACAAAGCUACGUGAAUUGAAACAAGUGCAUCAAUUGCUGAUAACAUCUCAAUAAUGGAUUGCAACUUCUUAUUUCCUGGGUGCUCCCAUGGACAGGGACUGUGUCUUGUUUUAGACAUCAGCACUAGUUUAUCUUGUGUAGUUCUCGAGAUUUAUCCCAUGUCGAAUGUAAACCAUUUUAGUUGCUGUGUAAAAGUCUGGAAGCAGAACAGCCUUGAAACUCUUCUUCUUUUAAAGUUAAUGUUGUCCUUAAUUUAACAUUUUAUUUAGAAAGAUACAGAAUAGAAAGCCAUAUAUCAGAUAGUUAACAUUAUGACUUGUUUGCUAUUUUCAUUUAACUUAUUUUGUUUGGAUCCCCCCCACCCCCGCCUCAAUUCACUGCUGUUACUAAACAAUUGCUGCAACGGAGAGCUUCAUCAUGUAUGCAUUUAUCACAGCUCAUGCUCAUUAUGUGUUGACACAAUGGGCCUAUGGGGGAAUAUAUAUAUAUAUAUAUAUAUAUAUAUAUAUAUAUAUAUAUAUAUAUUCAUAUUCCAUUUCUAACCUUCUUUCCUAUGUAAUGAUGCUGCAUACAGUUGUGGCUCCCUAAUGCAAUAAUGUACAGGAGAGAAAAUAUUUAUAAAAUUAAUUGUUCCUUCUGUUAACUUAAUAUAUUGUGGUUCUGGCCUUCCUCUUUCCCUGGUUUCCCCUACUCCAUUUUAUAAAGGUGAUCUGGAUGCUGACAACACAUUGAGUGUUAUUAAGGGUCAAUGACAGUAAUCUCCAAAAACAUAUUGAUCUGUAACCUGUAAAGAAUAAAAUAUAUGUGUAUUUUUUAAAAGCACGUUUGUAAUAAAAUAACAUGGAAAAUAUCAAAUUGUACAUAUAUAUCUUAAUGAGCCAAAGAGUGCCAAUAGAAAUGUUAAAUGAGAACUCUGUGUUACUAAAAGAUUUUUAUUUAAAUGUGAUAACCUAUUUGAUGACAGUAUCCUUAUGGUACAGUGAAUGACAACAUUGUACAAUAGCAUCAUUACACAGAGUUGGUUUGGACAAUACUCUAGUCCAAUUCAAUGCAUGGGGGAGAAACAUGGGUGUCCACAUCUCUCUGUCAGUAUGCUGGUGCAGCAGCAUCUAACUACAUGGGAGGCAGUUAAUUCCCUUCACACAGUUCAAAUACUACAAGUAGUAUUUGAGGGGUGGUUCACCUAAUGGUGCAGCAGGGAAAUGACUUGCCUAGCAAACAUGAGGUUGCCAGUUCAAAUCCCUGCUGGUAUAUUUCCCAGACUAUAGGAAACACUUUAUCAUGUGAACAACACCUCUCCCUGUGCAAUUAGGCAACAGCAUACUGAGUAGGAGGAGAUUUGUGCACCUCUGCUCCUCCCCCAUGCAAUUACAACAGCCAGUUUGGAGUAUUGUCUGAGCCAGCUCACUGUCAUUAGUAAUACAAUUAUAUUUGCUAUGGAUCAAAUUAUGAAUACAUCAAUAAUAUCCCCGCCAUGUUCCCGAGAAAAGCUUGUUUUCUUGCUGUGAUAUGCUUUUAAAAUAGCCAAGGUAAGUAUAUAGUAACUAUAUAGUAACCACAGAGUGUUAACAGAACAAAGGUUUAUCUAGUGCAGCAUUUUGUCUCCACAAGAAGCCACCCAGGUGCCUAAGAUCACAAAUGGGACAUGGUGGUGAGAUUAGAAGUCCUCAGCUUCUGAUUACCAGAGUAUAGCGCCUCGGGAGAUGGAGGACCAUUUAGCUAUUGUAAUCUGACCGACCCAUCGUCCAUGUGUUUGCCAUUAAAAACUAUAUCUAACAGCU